CUAUUAGAUUUGGGCGAAUGCCACAAGCUGAGAAGGAGAAACUCUUGGCUGAGAUUUCAAGUGACAUUGACCAGCUGAACCCUGAAUCUGCUGAUCUGCGAGCCCUAGCCAAGCUGCUCUACGAUUCCUACAUAAAGUCUUUCCCCCUGACCAAAGCCAAGGCAAGGGCAAUCUUGACAGGAAAGACAACAGACCAAUCACCAUUCGUCAUUUAUGACAUGAAUUCCUUAAUGAUGGGAGAAGACCAGAUCAAGUGUAAACAUUUGGGCCCCAUGCAAGAACAAAACAAAGAAGUGGCCAUACGUAUUUUCCAGCGCUGCCAGUUUCGCUCGGUGGAAGCUGUUCAGGAAAUCACUGAAUUUGCCAAAAGCAUUCCAGGUUUU